AUGGCGGGACCUGGCGGUUGGAGGGACAAGGAAGUCACGGAUCUAGGCCACUUGCCGGAUCCAACUGGAAUAUUCUCACUGGAUAAAACCAUUGGCCUUGGUACUUAUGGCAGAAUCUAUUUGGGACUCCAUGAAAAGACCGGUGCAUUUACAGCUGUGAAAGUGAUGAAUGCUCGUAAGACCCCUUUACCUGAAAUAGGAAGACGAGUGAGAGUGAAUAAAUAUCAAAAGUCUGUCGGCUGGAGAUACAGUGAUGAAGAAGAGGAUCUCAGGACUGAACUCAACCUUUUGAAGAAGUACUCUUUCCACAAGAACAUUGUGUCCUUCUACGGUGCAUUUUUCAAGCUGAGUCCCCCUGGCCAGAGGCAUCAACUUUGGAUGGUGAUGGAGUUGUGUGCAGCAGGCUCGGUCACUGAUGUAGUGAGAAUGACCAGAAAUCAGAGUUUGAAGGAAGAUUGGAUUGCUUAUAUCUGCCGAGAAAUCCUCCAGGGCUUAGCUCAUCUUCAUUCACACCGUGUAAUUCACCGGGACAUCAAAGGUCAAAAUGUGCUACUGACUCAUAAUGCUGAAGUAAAACUAGUGGAUUUUGGAGUGAGUGCCCAGGUGAGCAGAAUUAAUGGGAGGAGAAAUAGCUUCAUUGGGACACCAUACUGGAUGGCACCUGAAGUGAUUGACUGUGAUGAGGACCCCAGACGCUCCUAUGAUUACAGAAGUGAUGUGUGGUCUGUGGGAAUCACUGCUAUUGAAAUGGCCGAAGGGGCUCCUCCCCUGUGUAACCUUCAACCUUUGGAAGCCUUAUUUGUUAUUUUGCGAGAAUCUGCUCCCAAAGUCAAAUCCAGUGGAUGGUCCCGCAAGUUCCAUGAUUUCAUGGAAAAGUGCAUGAUAAAAAAUUUCCUAUUUCGUCCUACUUCUGCAAACAUGCUUCAUCACCCAUUUGUUCGGAAUAUAAAAAAUGAAGGACAUGUUGUUGAGUCAUUAAAGAAGCAUCUUACUGGAAUCAUUAAAAAGAGACAGAAAAAAGGAAUACCUCUGAUCUUUGAAAGAGAAGAAGCUAUUAAGGAGCAGUAUACCAUGAGAAGAUUCAGGGGACCUUCUUGUACUCAUGAGCUUCUGAGACUGCCUACCAGCAGUAGAUGCAGACCACUUAGAGUCCUGCAUGGAGAACCCUCUCAACCAAGGUGGUUACCUGACCGAGAAGAGCCACAGGUUCAGGCCCUUCAGCAUCUCCAGGGAGCUGCCAGGGUGUUCAUGCCACUACAGGCUCAGAACGGUACACCUAGGCCUCUACAGGGGCAAGCCCAGGCACCUCAGCAACUACAAGGGGCUGCACGGAUGUUCAUGCCACUACAGGCUCAGGUGAAGGCUAAGGCAUCUAUGCCCCUUCAGAUGCAGAUGAAGGCACCUCCACGACCACAGAGGACAGCCUGCAUGUUUAUGCCACCACAGGCUCAGGUGAAGGCCCCUAGGCCUCAACAGGUACAGGCCCAGGUAUCCAAAAAGCAGCAGGCUCAAGGCCAACCCCAGGCAUCAGGAGAGCCCCAGGAUCUGGAUCAGGUGCCAGAGGAAUUUCAGAGGCAAGAUCGGGUGCCUGAACAACAGCAAAGACACGGCCGGGUCCCUGAACAACACCAGAGGCAGAAUCACAUACCUGAACAGCCGCGGCAGCCGAAUGGGGCACCUGAACAGCCAGAGGUACAGGAACAGGCUGCAGAGCCUACACAGGCAGAGGUGGAGGCAGAGGAGCCCGAGUCAUUACGAGUCCAUGCCCAAGUGUUCCUGCCCCUGCUGUCACAGAACCACCACGUGCUGUUGCCGCUCCAUUUGGAUACUCAGGUGCUCAUUCCAGUAGAGGGGCAAAUCGAAUGGUCACCUCAAGCACAAGCCUGGGCUCUAGACCCCACACAGGCAGUUGGCUCAGUUCAAGCACUCAUAGAGGGCCUAUCAAGAGACUUACUUCGAGCACCAAACGCACAUAACUCAAAGCCGCUUGGUCCACUGCAAAUCCUGAUGGAAAACCUGGCAUCAGACAUGUUUUACUCUCAACCAGAACAAGCACGGAAGAAAAAAUCAAAAGUUUCUAGUCUAAGGCAGGCAUUGGCAAAAAGACUAUCACCAAAGAGGUUUCGGGCAAAGCUGUCAAGGAGACCUGAAGUGUUUGAGCUCUCAGAUUUAGAAGCCCAUAGGCAAAGGCGCCAAUGCAGAUGGGAGGAUAUCUUUAAUCAGCAUGAGGAAGAACUGAGACAAGUUGCAAAUGACAAAGAAGAUGAAUCAUCAGAUAAUGAUGAAGCAUUUCAUUCGAUUCAGGCUGAAGUCCAGAUAGAACCAUUGCAGCCAUACAUUCCAGAUCCUAAAGAAGAUGAGGUUCAAGAGAGAUCUGCUUCUAUGCCUUACAACCAGGAUCGUGUACAUCGUGUCAAGUUCUCUUCAAGUGUUCCUCAGCGGUCUCUUUUGGAACAAGCUCAGAAGCCCAUUGACAUCAGACAAAGGAGUUCGCAAAAUCCUCAAAAUUGCCCAGCAGCAUCAGAAUCUUCUUCUGAGGAAGCAAGUCCUGUGGUCAGGAGGAGGUCCCAGUCAUCACCACCUUAUUCUACCAUUGAUCAGAGUUUGCUGGUUGAUAUUCAUGUUCCAGAUGGAUUUAAAGUAGGAAAAAUAUCACCUCCGGUUUACUUGACAAAUGAAUGGGUAGGCUAUAAUGCACUAUCUGAAAUCUUCCGGAAUGACUGGUUAACUCCUGCACCUGUUGUUCAGCCACCUGAAGAGGAUGGUGAUUAUGUUGAGCUUUAUGAUGCUGGUGCUGAUACUGAUGGUGAUGAUGAUUCUAAUGAUGCUUAUGAAGAUAGUUAUGACCAUGACAAUGGCAGUGAUGAGUUGAAUGACCAGGUUGAUCAGGCUAAUGUUGUUGGUGAAGACCAUGAUGAUGAUGACAAUGAUGAGGUUAUUGAUGACAAAGGCAAUAAUCCUGAUGAUGCUUCUAACUGGCCAAGGCCAAGCUGUGGCAGAGGCAGAAGCUACAAGCAAGAUGGUAAAGAUGGAAGUGAUAGAGGAGAAGGAUCUUUCAGCAGCUAUGGAAGUCAGAGAGCUAAUAGAAGCCAUGGAGGAAGUGCAGCCCGUGGGGACGGUGCAGCCAUUGGAGACCAUGAAGAACACAGAGCGAAUGUAGGCAGUGGAAGAAGAGGCAAGGAGAGUAAUGGAAAUGAGGGAGUCAGUGGAACCAAUGAAGAAAGUGAAGCCCAAGAACUGAAUGGAGGAGAAAAUUGCUCAGAGACAGAUGAUCCAAUAUUGGAGAGACCAGCAUUCCAGGAAUUUGAACAUCAACUAGAGGAGGCAGGUGGUAGAAGUGAGGCCUCAAAUGCCGUUGCCCUAGGUGCUGCACCCGCAGUACCUGAUGCUGAGAACGACGCUGUGGACAUAUCAGAAGUAUCAACAGAAUCAGGUUUCUCUGCCAGCCACUCAUCUCCCUCCAAUGAUUCUGAAAGGACUGCAAAUGCUGACUUUGCCAGUGCCAUCUUAUAUGCUGGAUUAGUGGAAGUACCUGAGAAAUCAUCUAAGCGACCCUCUGACGUUAACGUUAACCCAUUAUAUGUCUCUUAUGAAUGUAAAAAACCACUAAUCCACAUGUAUGAAAAGGAAUUCACUUCUGAGAUCUGCUGUGGUUCUUUGUGGGGAGUGAAUUUGCUGUUGGGAACUCGAUCGAAUCUGUAUCUGAUGGACAGAAGUGGAAAGGCAGACAUUACUAAACUUAUAAAGAGAAGACCAUUCCGUCAGAUUCAAGUUGUAGAGCCACUCAAUUUGCUGAUUACCAUCUCCGGCCGUAAGAACAGACUUCGAGUGUAUCAUUUGACCUGGCUGAGAAAUAAGAUUUUGAAUGAUGAUCCAGAAAGUAAAAGAAGACAAGAGGAAAUGCUCAAAACAGAAGAAGCCUGCAAAGCCAUUGAUAAGCUGACAGGCUGUGAACACUUCAGUGUCCUCCAACAUGAAGAAACAACAUAUAUUGCAAUUGCUUUGAAAUCAUCGAUUCACCUGUAUGCAUGGGCACCAAAGUCCUUUGAUGAAAGCACUGCCAUUAAAGUGAUGUGCAUUGAUCAAUCAGCAGACUCCGAAGGAGACUACAUGUCCUAUGAAGCCUAUAUACGAAUACUGGCAAAAAUACAGGCAGCUGAUCCAGCAAACCGGUUUAAGAGACCAGAUGAGCUCCUUCAUUUGCUGAAGCUCAAGGUGUUUCCAACACUUGGUCAUAAGCCAGUGACAGUUGACCUGGCUAUUGGUUCUGAAAAAAGACUAAAGAUUUUCUUCAGCUCAGCAGAUGGAUAUCACAUCAUUGAUGCAGAAUCUGAGGUUAUGUCUGAUGUGACCCUGCCAAAUAACCCCCUGGAAAUCAUUGUACCACAGAAUAUCAUCAUUUUACCUGAUUCCUUGGGAAUUGGCAUGAUGCUCACCUUCAAUGCUGAAUCCCUUUCCGUGGAAGCAAAUGAACAGCUCUUCAAGAAUAUCCUUGAUGUGUGGAAAGACAUACCAUCCUCCGUAGCUUUUGAGUGUUCACAGAGAACCACAGGAUGGGGCCAAAAGGCCAUAGAAGUCCGCUCUUUGCAGUCAAGGGUUCUGGAAAGUGAACUGAAGCGCAGAUCGAUUAAGAAGCUGAGAUUUCUGUGUACCCGAGGUGACAAGCUCUUCUUUACCUCUAUCCUGCGCAAUCGUCACAGCCGGGUUUACUUCAUGACCCUUGGAAAACUUGAAGAGCUCCAAAGCAAUUAUGGUGUUUAA